AUGACGACCAUAACCCCCCCCACCAUCCACACAAAAAUCAACCUCCUCAUCACAAACCUCAUCUCCAUCCACGACACGACCGGCGAAUUCCUCCUCCCCCUCUCGGACGGCCGCAUCAUCGACACCAAAUCCUGGCACGGCUGGGAAUGGACGCAUGGAAUCGGCCUCUACGGCAUCUGGAAAUACUACGAGCUGACGGGCUCCCCCCACCUCCUGAAAACUAUCGAGGACUGGUUCGCGGCCCGCUUCGCCGAAGGCGGCACCACCAAGAACAUCAACACGAUGGCGGUCUUCCUGACCCUCGCCUACGUGUACGAGAAAACCGGCAACGUGACAUACCUCCCCUGGUUGGAGAGCUGGGCGGAAUGGGCGAUGUAUGAGCUCCCGCGGACAAAGUACGGGGGGAUGCAACAUGUGACGUACGUGACGGAGAAUCAUCAGCAACUGUGGGAUGAUACGUUGAUGAUGACGGUGAUGCCGUUGGCGAAGAUUGGGCGGUUGUUGAAGCGGCCGGAGUAUGUGGCGGAGGCGAAACGGCAGGUGUUGGUGCAUGUGAAGUAUCUCUUCGAUACGAAAUCCGGGUUGUGGUUUCAUGGGUGGCAGUUCGACGAGGGGGAGGGGAGAGUGGGGGGGCAUAAUUUUGCGGAGGCGCGGUGGGCGCGAGGGAAUAGUUGGGUGACGAUGGUGAUUCCGGAAUUGAUUGAGUUGUUGGAGUUGGAGGAGGGGGAUCCCCUUCGCGUGCAUAUGUUGGAUACGUUGGUGGCGCAGUGUGCGGCGUUGAGGGGGUUGCAGACGGACGAGGGGUUUUGGCAUACGUUGUUGGAUCAGGAGGAUUCGUAUGUGGAGGCGUCGGCCACGGCGGGGUUUGCGUAUGGGAUUCUGAAGGCUGUCAGGAAGCGAUAUUUACCAAAGGAGUAUCGCGCGGUGGCGGAGAAGGCGAUCCAGGCGGUGGUCGGGGCGGUGGAUGAGACGGGCGAGUUGCAGCAGACAAGCUUUGGCACGGGCAUGGGCGAUUGCUUGGAGUUUUAUAAGAAGAUUCCGUUGACGGCGAUGCCGUAUGGGCAGGCCAUGGCGAUUAUGGCGUUGGGGGAGUAUCUCCGGGGGUGUUUAUAG